CCUUCAGGAAGGGAGGGGGAAAGAGCAGGGGUUGGUUGGUGCCAGCAGCGGCGUGAGCGCUCGAGAGCAGCCGCCAUUUUACGCAGGCUCCUCCACAUUCUCCGAGCACACGCUGUGAGGGAGCCGAAGAGAAGGACGGGGCAGCCCUGCAGCCGCGCCUCCGCCUUCCGGAGCCCUUUCGCUCGCCUCUCGUCACCCUCCCCGCACAGAUAUCUGGAAACAUGGCUUCUGAACAUGUUAAUGGGAAUGGUACUGAAGAGCCCAUGGAUACUUCUGCUGCAGUUACCCAUUCUGAGCAUUUCCAGACAUUGCUUGAUGCUGGUUUACCACAGAAAGUUGCUGAAAAACUAGAUGAAAUUUACGUUGCAGGGCUAGUUGCUCACAGUGAUUUAGAUGAAAGAGCUAUUGAAGCUUUAAAAGAAUUUAAUGAAGAAGGUGCAUUAGCAGUGCUUCAGCAAUUUAAAGACAGCGAUCUCUCUCAUGUUCAGAACAAAAGUGCCUUUUUAUGUGGUGUCAUGAAGACAUAUAGGCAGCGAGAAAAACAAGGGACCAAAGUGGCAGACUCCAGCAAAGGACCAGAUGAGGCAAAAAUUAAGGCACUUUUGGAGAGAACAGGAUACACACUUGACGUAACGACUGGGCAAAGGAAAUAUGGUGGUCCGCCUCCUGAGUGUGUCUAUUCAGGACAACAGCCUUCUGUUGGCACUGAGAUAUUCGUGGGUAAGAUUCCAAGGGACUUGUUUGAGGAUGAGCUUGUUCCAUUAUUUGAAAAAGCUGGACCUAUUUGGGAUCUGCGUUUAAUGAUGGACCCACUGACAGGUCUAAACAGAGGAUAUGCUUUUGUCACUUUCUGUAACAAAGAGGCUGCACAGGAAGCUGUUAAAUUGUAUAAUAAUCAUGAAAUUCGUUCUGGAAAACACAUUGGUGUGUGUAUCUCUGUUGCCAAUAAUAGGCUCUUCGUUGGCUCUAUUCCUAAGAGUAAAACCAAGGAACAGAUAGUUGAAGAAUUUAGCAAAGUAACAGAGGGCCUCACAGAUGUAAUACUGUAUCAUCAGCCUGAUGACAAAAAAAAGAACAGAGGUUUUUGUUUCCUUGAAUAUGAAGAUCACAAAACAGCAGCACAAGCAAGGCGAAGGUUGAUGAGUGGAAAAGUGAAGGUCUGGGGUAAUGUUGUUACUGUUGAAUGGGCUGAUCCCAUAGAAGACCCAGAUCCUGAAGUUAUGGCAAAGGUGAAAGUGUUAUUUGUGCGGAACCUUGCAAAUUCAGUCACAGAAGAAAUAUUGGAAAAGGCUUUUAGUCAGUUUGGAAAACUGGAAAGAGUGAAGAAAUUGAAAGAUUACGCUUUUAUACAUUUUGAUGAACGUGAUGGUGCUGUAAAGGCAAUGGAGGGCAUGAAUGGAAAAGAGUUAGAGGGAGAAAAUAUUGAAAUUGUUUUUGCAAAGCCACCAGAUCAAAAAAGGAAAGAAAGGAAAGCUCAGAGGCAAGCUGCUAAAAAUCAAAUGUAUGAUGACUAUUACUAUUAUGGUCCUCCUCAUAUGCCCCCACCAACAAGAGGUCGAGGUCGAGGAGGCCGAGGUGGCUAUGGAUAUCCUCCUGACUACUAUGGAUAUGAAGAUGAUUACUAUUAUUACGGCUAUGACUACCAUAACUAUCGUGGUGGAUAUGAAGACCCUUACUAUGGUUAUGAAGAUUUUCAAGUUGGAGCUAGAGGAAGGGGUGGUAGAGGAGCAAGGGGUGCUGCUCUUUCCAGAGGUCGCGGGGCUGCUCCUCCCCGUGGCAGAGCCGGUUAUGCACAAAGAGGUGGUCCUGGAUCAGCAAGAGGUGUUCGUGGUGCUCGAGGAGGUGCCCAGCAACAAAGAGGCCGCGGGGUACGUGGUGCAAGGGGUGGCCGCGGUGGAAAUGUAGGAGGAAAGCGCAAAGCUGAUGGGUACAACCAGCCAGAUUCCAAGCGGCGCCAGACCAAUAAUCAGAACUGGGGCUCCCAACCCAUUGCUCAGCAACCGCUCCAAGGUGGUGAUCAUUCUGCAGGGAAAAGGGGUCGAGGCCGGUCCUGACCUGUUACAAUGAAGACUGACUUGCUAAGUGGGAUUACACCAGAAGCUUGCAGUGGAGUAAUGGUAAGGAAAUCAAGCAACCUUAAGUAUCUCGACUGCAUAGGAGCAAACUAUUUUGUAGAAGAUACUUCAUGCGAAGAUCAUGGAAUCAAAUAUGGGACACUUGGACUUUGAUAUGAAUUUCUAUUACGUUUUCGCUGCAGUGCAAAUUAUAAAUCUAAAGUUAAUAUUUUUCCCAAUGUGUUUAACAAAAUUAUCUCUAGCAUGGCCUCUUAAAUGUUUUGUUCUUUAAAAAAAAGAAAAGAAGAAACAUCUACUUAAAGUAGACAUUUCCCUAUAGUUUUUAAAACGGAUUCCAAAACUGGUAUUCUCUUAUUGCUCUGACAUUUUAUUGCAGUUAUAUUAGGUGAAUACCAUCAAUGGUUUCCUAAACUUUUAUUUCUGCUCAUGAAGGUUAAUCAUGGUUGUCUAUAUAGUAAUCACUUUGAAAUGUGUUCAGAUACAGCAGUUUCAGGUGUAAUCAUCAGAGCUGGUUAGUCAGGCAUUCCAGAUAGUGGUUCUUUUCAGAACCUUUUUAAAGGGUUGGUUAACUACCUCAGUAGCAGAGGAUUGAACUAUACCCUAUCUGUACUGUACAUAGAAAAUCUUUGUAGAUAAAAUCAAGGCUUGUUUAAUUACGACAUGAGGGCAAAAAUAUAUAUACCAAAUGUAACAUUCUUAGUUGCCUUUAAUUUCAGAGGCUUUGUAAAAGAGUCCCUCUUGUUCGUCAUAACAGGCCUUGUUUUUGUCGUAUUUUGUGGCUGAAAAAGCAGCCUUGCUUCUUCAGAUAUUGUAGUUAUUUGGAUGUAUAAUAGUUUAGCAAGAUGUUACUUUUUGUAAGACAUCAAAUGUUAAAAAAGUGCAUCAGCAACUUGUACUAAAUACUGCAGUGUCCCUUUAUAAAAGGUCAGACUAAAACUGACAACUGUACAGUAAAGCCUGACAUUUGGAUAUUUUGAAGUUUUUCAUAAAUCAUAGAAAAUAGUAUAUGGCUGUAGUUUAGCUUUUUAGGUAAAGGUAUGUUUUCUCAUUAGUGCAUUUCUUAUCGCUGAUUGCUGUAAAAAGAAACAGAUCAGCUUUCCAUUUUCUCUUUAUGCAGAUCAUGAUAACCUGUAGAGUAGAAUACAAUCAUUUGUGCUAUGUUUUAAUUUUAUGAAGCACCUUGAUGACAGUGAGUGUUAAGUGGUGAAGCAUCCUCUAUUGAAUCACCCUUCCAAAAAGUUUUGUCAAGUCCAGAUAUGCAUAGGUAACAUAAAACUAUGGUUUAAUAUAGACUUGGCAGAAAGAGCUUCCCUUAUGCCCUUCCCCAAAGGGAUACUGCAGUUGUUACAUACCCAUAGGCACCACAGUAAGAUCUGAAACACCGAAUUAAGAUUUUAUACACACCAGUUCCCCAGUAAAUGAAAAAAUUAACAAAAAAUAGAUGUCAUAUGUUAAAUGCUCAUUGCAAACAAUCAUUUUGCAUUCCUGCAAAUAAAAUUGUUUUAUACUGUAAGCUGGAGGCAAGUGUAACUUAUUUUUGUAAUAAAGUUUUUAUUUUUUUUAUGUGUCAUUAAUAUAAAUGUGUGUUAGUGCAGAAAUCUUCUGGUUUAAAACUUGUGCGCACACAUUUCCGUUUGUUUACUUGUAUUUACAUUUUUUUAGAGUAGUGGUUUCCAGUAGUCUAUCUCUCACAUUAAUUGAAUUUUUGUUAUCCUAAUAAACCAUUUUAGUAUAUUGUAUGUCAAUUACUGGGAUAGCUGGGACAUAAAGUGUAAUUUAAAAUUUGUCAAAUAUUCAUGGGAAUAUGUAAAUGUGCCUUGCUAGUUAAGAGAGAAAAUAAGUGGUGGGAUGGUUAAAAUGUUAUCGUUUGAUGAGACACCUGUUGCCACAGUCUCAUAUACUGCCCAUGGUAAAGUUCUUCUUUCCAUAUUUGAAUAAGAAACAUGAGUGUUGCAUCAGCUUCUGAAAUCGUAAACUUGAUAGGAUGAGGCUUAUGGAACGAAGGUUUGCUAAAUGUAGCCUUAAAUACUACUAUGAUUUCAUUGUAAUCCUUGGUGCUGGCAGAAACCAGUACCAGGGAGGUUUGAAUGCUCCCUUCAAUAAGGCUGUUGUGCCAACUGGCAUCUUUACUGUCAUAGUCUUAUGAAGAACAUUGUCAAGAUGUUCAUGCCAAAUUUGACCUGAUAUCUCAUGGAGGCUUAGGAAGAAGAAGCUUUCUGACUUAAAUCUUCGAAAUCUGUCCUAUUGCUGGAAAAAUAAAGUAGUAUGCUUUCAAGCAUCACUAAUUUGAGCUUUGGGAAAGGAGAUAAAAUGAUAGAUGAGUCUUUUUUUGGAACUGCAUUCUGUUGAUGUUGAUGUAAUGCAAAAUAAAAAUCCGAUGACAGGCUGGAAUUGAGGUAAAAGAUCCAUCAACUUCAGCUAUGAAAAUAGGUGGGGUGUGAGGAUGCGUGUCAAAAAAUGUACUGGGAGUGAUCUAUAUAGUUUAUAAGCAAUGGUGAGUAAUAAAAAACUGAAUCUUGACAGUGUUCUUAAAUAAUUAUGAAUUCAAGCCAUUAUGACUUUUACAAUUAAACAUUAUUUGCACUGUUCUGA